UUACUAUUUGUUUUUAAUGAAUCAGUGCAUGAAAUAACAAUUACUGGUGAUAUAGGAGAUAUGGGUUUCUAAUGUUGAGACAUAUGGCCUGUGGGAUUUCUGUGCAGUUUUGUUUGCAGGUGACUGGUACAUUGCAUUAUAAAUUAUAAGCAUUGAGCUUCAGUUCAAUACAUAAUCAUAUAUGAUUAUUAUUAUUAUUAUUAUUAUUAUUAUUAUUAUUAGUAGUAGUAGUAGUAGUAGUAGUAGUAGUAUAGUGACAGACCUAUUUCUAACAAACUAAUUCUAAUUGUAUUUUAACAUUUUUAUAUAUAGGUUGUGUUUUAAUACAUAUUUAAUAAUUAAUUAUUUGGGACUGUAUGGGUUAUCUGAUAUCUAAUUCCGUUCUAGAUUUGGUGUUAUAUUCUUUACUAAACGAAAUUUAUCCCAGCAACUUCAUUAAAGCACAAUGAACACAGACAGUACGCUGUGUUAGUAAACAGCGACCUCUUCUGGAACACAACUUAAAACGGUAUUGUUUCUCAUUCUAGAUUCCUAAAACGGUUAUUACGUCACAUAGUUACACUGUUGAUGGCAACCAGUAGACAAACUCAGCUGUGCUGAACUGCAGUUAAAUUAGCGGUUAAUUAAGCAAUAAACAUGGACGCUGAGUGUUUAGAUGCGGGGAUAAACAUGGAGCAGAAUCAGCCUGAUCAAAACAUCAACCUGAAAACAAACGACGUUUACAGGGUGAAUGAAAAUCUGCCCAAACGUUUCAACAAUCCCGACUGCUUUAAAGGUUACAGUAAGAAGAGGGUCCACCUGCUGUACCAAACCACCAGCCAGACAUAUGGUAGCAGAAAACCUACAGUUCAUGAAAUGCCGACAUCCUUCCAUGGCCGUCAGAACCGGUUUUCAGACCACAUCAUGAAAAGCGGAAUGUCUCGCGAUAGCGGCAUCAACACAUGGCUGGAGAAGAGUCGAAUCACCGGGCCAAAUGCCAUCAACAUUAUGCAGGACAGAAUCAUUUUCCAUCGUUUAUGCCAGACCGCAGUAAACGAUCAAACAGAUACUAACAAGAUUUGAGACUAAUGCAUUGUUUUGGCCUGUAAUGAAUAAAAUGCCUUUUAAUGAAGUUAUCAAAAGUUAUGUACACAAAAUAUCCUGAACACUUUAUUGCAUGAUUUCUUUGCAGAACAGUGGAGGAACAGGUAGCUCUAAUGCCUUAAAGCUCUAGAUUUAUCCAGGGUAAUACUAAAAAAUAAACACCUUUUGGCAACAAUA